CGGAGAGGAGGCAGAUUAUCCCGCUCCGAACAACUGUUAUUUUAAUCCCUAGAGCUGGGAGAUUUAGCAAAGAGGGGGAGGGGGGAAAAACAUUUUAUGGGAAAACAAUGUUUUUUUUUCUGAAAAAGUGACUGUCAGACACCUCCGUCGAGACUUAAUUUUUUUAAUUGUAUUUCUCGCUGACGGUGUAGCUGUUCGUCACUCGGCUAGCCUGCCAGAUGGCUGAGGAAUUUCGCGGUUAUAACAAGUUUUAAAUUUAUUUUCCGCAGAAUCUUGUUAGAUAUUUUUUGUUUUACUCUUCAGAACUAUCUUCCUGACACAAUGAAGGACCGACUGGAGCAGCUGAAAGCGACAUGCGAUCAAGACGAUGAUGAAGUGGAGAUUGCUAUGGAUAAUGCAGCUUUCAUGGAUGAGUUCUUCUGUCAGAUUGAAGAGAUCAGGAGCAGUAUUGACAAAAUUGAUGAAAAUGUGGUCGAAGUAAAAAAACUGUACUCCAUCAUCUUGUCUGCUCCCACGUCAGACCAGAAGACCCAGGAUGACUUGGAAGCAAUCACCAGUGAAAUAAAGAAGAUGGCCAACAGUGCUAGAAACAAACUAAAGACAAUUGAAAGGAAUCUAGAAUCAGAAGAACAGGAGAGGGUUUCAGCUGACAUGCGGAUACGUAAAUCGCAGCAUGCAGUCCUUUCCAGAAAGUUCGUGGAGGUCAUGACAAAGUAUAAUGAAGCCCAGGUGGAUUUCAGGGAGAGGAGUAAAGUUCGUAUUCAGAGACAGCUCGAAAUCACUGGGAAAGCAACAACAGAUGAAGAACUGGAGGAGAUGUUGGAGAGUGGAAAUGCUGCUGUGUUCACUGCAGGGAUUGUGGAUUCUGGAAUUUCUAAACAAGCCCUAAGUGAGAUAGAAUCGAGACACAAAGACAUUGUUCGACUGGAAAGCAGCAUCAAGGAGCUGCAUGAUAUGUUUGUAGACAUCGCCAUGCUGGUGGAGAGCCAGGGUGACAUAGUAGACAACAUAGAGCGUAAUGUGUCCAAAUCAGUGGACCACAUUAUGGUGGCUAAGGAACAGACCAAAAAAGCUGUAAGGUUCCAGAAAAAAGCACGUAAGAAAGUGGUGAUAAUAGUGGGGGUUGUGGUGGCCUUGCUGGCCAUUCUAGCGCUCAUUAUCGGGUUGUCAGUUGGAUUGAAAUCAUGAGACGGGCUUGCUGAGUAGCAGGACAACUGUUGGUGUAAUCUUCAAUACGUUCCAUCUGAUCAUCUUCACCCAGACACUAUAGCAGGACCUCAUGCUUUGUCAUCAUCACUUCAUUCAUCAUCGCUUCAUCACCCCAAUGGAAUUGACUCUGUGUGAUGUUUCACGGACUGGUGCUUGAAAGAAGCAGAAUCUUAUGAUCGCCAGAUUGAGGUCUUUUGUCACAGGACCUGUAGGACCUGUGAUCAUAAUGAAAUGAUUAUUUAAUUGUGAGCUCUGUAAUGAGAUCUCACCUUGCUUUAGGCGGUCUGACCGUUAUUUCCUGCUUUGUGAAGGGCCAUUUGAUUCUGUCAGGCCUGGAGAGUUUCAGGAAGCUCUGCUACAAAAUGAGGAAAUGAGACUAAAGCUGACAUGAAGUACAAUAAGAGAUGAUAAUACUGUUUCUCUAAUCAGAGGGGAGAAAAGAGAAUUGAAAAAAAUGACAAAUCAUAAAUUCAGUUCCAAAGAAUCCCAGCAUGGCGGACGUUACCUCCCUUACUUCACUUUUGUAGCCUUAAGUUUGCUGGCUGUUGCUUGCUGUACUGGGAUUAUUUGGCAUUCUCCAGGUGGCAUUCCACCACCUUAAUGUUUAUAAAGUGUCUUAUUUCUGUGAUAGUUUUAUUAUUAUUGUAAACACUGGAGUUGAUUAUUCUAUGUUGGUGUCUAAACUACUGGUUCUUCAGCAUGGAGAGGAUUGUUUUGCUCACCUGUGAUUCUUCAGUUUAGAGAACCAGUGCCUGUAAUAUUAAAUGUGAAGGGUGUUGCUUAUGGAAACGGGUGGAGCUAAACAAACAAGCACAAGGCAAACGGCUGGCCUUCAAGCACUACUUGUUUCAGUACUUACCAAAGCCCUGCAAUAAUCAGGGAGAUGAAUCUAAAAGAAAAAAAAAACUGUUUGCCAGCUGUUUACUUUUGCAGUGUUGACUUGAACAUGUGCUCUGCUAUUAUAAUGCUGUAAAAUAAAUAUUUUAAUAUAUGAUGCCAACGGUUAAGAGAAUGGCGGCAAUGCCAAUGACUUGGCAGGGUUUCCCCGACACGUGCCAGAAUAUUUGUAUGUCUUGCAUCUAAUGUUUAGCUAAUAAAUUCACAUAUACC